UGCGCCGGAACAUUGCCUGGUCCCACUACGCCAACACUGCUUCUUGAUUGUGUGAAUUAAUGCAGUUGAUUCGUAGGAGAAAAAGGGAAAGACGUAAAACAGUGACGUUAGAUGCAUAUCAAUUUCUAAAGAUUGGUUACUUCCGUGCUCAUUGGAUCCAUAAGUUUAUUCUACUAUCUAGUACAUGACUGCAAUGUAGGAUGGUCAAGAUGUCUUUAUUCAAAAUGAGAUUUUGAUAAAUCAUUGACAGCGUAUAAAGAUGAUGACAAAAGGAGGAGGUUUCUCCAGAAAAUUGCUCACAAAAUGUUUGAGUUAACUGAGAGCUCUACAACAGGUACGACACUGACUCAAUAUAUAUUUUUCCGAAGGAUUUGCGAACGAAAGAAAGAAAACUUGUCAAAUAUCCGGGGGUUUUCGAGUUCCUCGGAUCAAUAAAAGUUUGAAAAAUCAAAAAAAUUGUUGAUGAAAUGAUUAUUUUUACGACAAAUAUGAAUUUUGCGAAAGAUAGAAAUCAGCAGGUAGCCUUGAUGAUGGUGACCCUAAAUUUUGCGAAAUGGAGAAAAAUGAAACACGUCGUAGCCCGAUGGAAGCUGCUAUACAAAAAGUAUCACCAAGAGCACAAAAAGGAGAAGAGAUAUAUACAAUCUGGAUUAGCAGCUCCUGAAAAUGAGCCACUCACUUGGAAAUAUUACGAUAUGAUGGAUUUCCUUGAGCAACAUAUUCAACACAGAAAGACAGCAAGUCAUUUCAAACUAAGUGGAGAUGAUAAUGAUUGGGAGACCGACGAAUCUGAUGAUGAUAAUGAUCAUAUUGAACAUGGCGACGACCAACAGUACGUUCAUGAGACAUCAGCACAUGAAAUAAAUGUUAUUUCUACUAAUGAUAGAGUAGAUAACGCUGAAAAUGUCAGACCCGAAGACGAUUACGACAAUGAUUAUAUGCUCAUUUUUCGUGACGCUUGGCAAAAGAUUCCAGAGCAACAUCGUCAAAAUUGCUUCUUUAAGUUAAGAAAAAUGAUUCGCAACAAGAAACAAGGGCUUCCUGUACACGAUUAGAGGUAGAAAUACUGGAAAUGUAUUUAAAAAACUGAAUUAAUUAUACGAUGUAAUAUCGUAAUGUAAUUCUAAAGUAUUUACAGGGAUCACUGUGCGUCUACUUUAUUGAUAUAUUCCUAUGAUUGGAUUUCCUUUUUCUAAAGUCAUUAAGAAAUUGGAAAAACAUGAGUUAUAAGCGUAGGACAGAGAAACUAAAAUUUUAAAAUUGCAAAUAACUUUCUAUUUAGAAAAAUAGCUACUUUGAACAUUAAAAAACAUAUGUAAUUUUCAGCC